GCGCGUCUUUCAGUGGGAACGGUUCAAACGGUGGAACAACCUCUCGCACCACUUCGAGUGAACCAUAUAAAUAUGCCCGAGACUGUGUCAAAUAAAUCAGUGUCAUAAAUCUGCGUGCGUUGUAUAUGAAAUAAAGUGUCACUGUCCGGAGAUAAGCAACUCCCAAUGCCAGUCCAAAAAAAAAAAAUAAAUAUCCUAGAAUCCCGACCCGGCAACAUAAAUAAAGAAAGGCAACAACAAACAAGCCAAUAAACAAACUGGCGGCACUCUAAGACAAACAGCCCCCGAGCAAGUGUCAAAAAGUAAUGCGAAAGUGGCGGCUGCCGUUACAGAAGGAACCUCCUCUUGAAUCUACCCCGCCCACCCAUCAGCUUGUCGGCUUCUUAAUAUAGAAUGUUAAUGCACAAGGAGUUGAAUAAGUAAUAGCCCACAAAAUGGCAAUACUCGAGUCCUGCUGCUUCUGGAAGAAUGUGCGAAAGGGCAGCUUUGCCUGCGCCCUCUAUACGCUGAUCUACUUUGGAUUGUCGACGCUUAUGUUUACAUUUUAUGUGAAGGAGGAGCAGGAGUUUUUACUAGGAAAGAGGACGCAGCCCGUGGGAGAAAGCAUUCUCGAAAAGGGAGAUGUAACUGUAGUAACUGUGAUAUUCAACGUUUUGUUCUUGUUUUGCUCUGUGCUGAUGGUGUUUUCCUCCAUCUUGUUGAUUGUGGGUCUGCGGCAUAACAAACGUCAAUUGCUGCUGCCCUGGAUAGGAUUAAUGCUCUGCGAUUUGCUCAUUGAGUGCGCUCAUCUUGUCCAUCUAAUGAUAUCGCGUCGUGUUAGCUUCGAUCCAAUUGUUGGCUUUAUAUUCACAAUAGACUUCUUCAUACUCUGCCUGAAUCUUUACUGUCUGCUCUGCGUCAUCUCCCAGUAUCAAGCUUAUCGACGUGCUGCAUCCGAACAGCAACAACAUCUAGCCAUGUCGCCCGCGGUGGUGUUCACAGCACCCGAGAAGCUUAGCAAAUCGAAGCGUCAGCAGCUCGCAGCUGCCAAGACUGGCAACAAUAAACGACACUCACAUCGCCUCCUGGCAGCGAGUCCAUUGAUCACCUCGCAGCGUCCCACCAACUUCUCCACCAUUACCGAGGAGGAGGAACAGCAACAACAGCAGAAAGAGAAUAGCAAAGAAGCUUCAGCUGUCAAUGGCAAUGGCAAUGGCGAUUGUGGUCACAUCUCCGAGCAGCCGACAAGCAAUUUAAGUGAAUCUGAUGGCCAAUUUAAUGUCAAUGUACCAAUUAUAACUUUAGAUCCGAAUUCGCUGCAAGGAUCAAUUUAAUUUACACUCGCACUCAUGUUUCAAGCUAAUAAGAGUUGACAUAUUUUUACAUGAAAGUCUAAAAAGUAAAGUUCUCCGAAAAUGUACUAAG